UUUUGGCACCUUCGGAGGAACGCUCUCGACGUAGGACAGAUACGCAACGACCACAGCCUUAGGGUUUUCUGACUUCAAAAUGAAGCCAGUCUUCGUUUCCACAAUAAUAUCCUUUCGGUUGCCGGCCCCCCUCAACCACAAUUUAGAUAGUUGCGAUCUCGUUGUCGCCUCACGCACGUUUAUCUUGAAAACAUUCAGAGAUUUUUUGUUUGCAAAAUCCUUCUUAUCUGUUGAAACAGCAAGUUCUUGUGGCGUUUUGAAGACCUCGACAUUGCCAUCUUUGGUUUACGUUGUAGUAGUUUUUUACGGAUUCUUUCUUUGGUCUUCCGCGUUUCCACUUUCCCUGCUCCCAACCGGAACUCGUGAUCUCCAAAGGUCAUUUCAGUGCUGGAUCUCUCAAGAUGAGCACGGAUCAGAGACCAUCGACAAUGUUAGACGCUUUUCCUACACAAAAGCCGAACAAAUUCGGGUUGAUCGUGAGAAAUCUCCCGUCGGAGAUAAUCGAGGAGGAUUUGCAUCACAUGUUUCAAGACGUGGGUCUAUUAUCUUCGGUGGAUUUGAAUUCGAGGAGGGCCGUGGUGACGUUCACCUCGCGUUUGGAGGCGGAGAGGGCUAGAAGAAUGUUCGACGGUUUGUUCCUGGAUGGAAGACCGUUGGUACUUCACUUGCAGGAGAAUCACGAAGAGAAGAUACUGAAGGAGAGGACAGGGAAUGUGAAGGUGGGAGAGGACAAGGCAAGAGAAGACACGUCAAGAGAAGUCAGGUUAAGAGAAGACAGGUCAAGAGAGCACAGGGCAAGAGAAGACAGGUCAAGAGAUGACAGGACAAGAGAUGAUAGGUCAAGAGAAGACAGGUCAAGAGAGGACACGUCAAGAGAAAUCAGUUUAAGAGAAGACAGAUCAAGAGAGCACAUGGUAAGAGAAGACAGGUCAAGAGAUGACAGGUCAAAAGAUGACAGGUCAAGAGAAGACACGUCAAUAGAAGUCAGUUUAAGAGAAGACAGGUCAAGAGAUGACAGGUCAAGAGAAGACAGGUCAAAAGAGGACAGUUCAAGAGAUGACAGGUCAAAAGAAGACAGGUCAAAAGAGGACACGUCAAGAGAAGUCAAGUUAAGAGAAUACAGGUCAAGAGAGCGCAGGGCAAGAGAAGACAGGUCAAGAGAGAACAGGUCAAUAGUUAACAGGUCAAGAGAAGACAAGUCAAAAGAUGACAGGUCAAGAGAUGACAGGUCAAGAGAGAACAGGUCAAGAGAGGACAGGUCAAGAGGAGUCAGGGUAGUAGAGGACAGGGCAAGAGAAUACAGGACAGGAGAAGACAGGAGGAAAGCGUUUAAAGUUUGAACUGUAGUGAUUAGUUGUUUGAUUUUUUUUUAAAACGUAAGAUAAGUGCAAAUCAAUUAUUGGUAAUUUCAAAUGUAAAUUGGAGGGUUGCGUGUGCGGGUUUGCAGAGCGAAGAUGGAAUAAUAAAACGACGUGAAACCAUCGGCCACCCAGGAGUUACGUAAAGAUGUGAAUCGAACGUUGUUGGGAGUAAUAUCAUCUUCAAUUUAAAAUAUCGAGGGACAGCAGACCUUUUCAGCUAAUAGCUGUUAUUUCGGACAAAUGAUGUUUCCUCUUCGUUUUUCUUCUUCUUCUGCGAACGGUCAGCAAACAACCGGGAGGGUAAUAACAAUAUCGCUGAAAAGGUUAGCAAAAGCGGCCAGGUGACAUUUGAAUAGAAUUCCAAGGUGAGAUCUCUGGAAUGUUGCAGCUCAUACUCUCAUACUCUUUUCCAAAUGAAGAAGGUGGAGAGGAGGAGAGUUCUUCGAAAGGGAAUUUGCAAAAAUUCUCUUGGCCGGGCCCGAAUUAAAAAAAAAAAACUGUCGCUGACCUUAAUUUUGAUUGAUGUAAGUGGACUACAAUAAUCUGGCGAUUCAUUCAACUCUCAUUACCCGCCGCUAAUCACCUGUGAGCGAUCCGCGCAAAGGUAAAACUGCUCGCAAUUAUCGCGCAUAUAAAUCCGACUGUUUAUUUACAUCGUUUUCUCUCAUUAAAUCUCGUGCACCUAUUUUUUUUUAAAAUUUUCUUAAACUCUUAUUUACUUCUGCAUUCACAUCUUUGCGCACGUCCCGUAACAGAUACACGCCACUUCCGAAAAUUUCUAAUCCAAAUUUUGUCUUCAAACAAAC